AUGGUAUCGUGGAAGGAUGUGACCGCCGACGACCUGCCCUACCGCGCGUCCAUCAACCCCUACACUUACGAAAAAUGCAGAAAUAUAUAUAAUCACUACUUCCAGGAUCUGGAUCGAUUGGGACAGCUGGAGACAAGUGAAGAAGCCCUUAGUGUCAGAAAAGACAUCGAUAAAAAAAUAAAAGUAGGCGCAAAACCACUUAGUGGCGUACGCGGCAUAUACUACACCCGUGGCACCUGGAGGGUGCAGUACCGCGGACACAACAGAGAAGUAGUGAGCUGUGUGUUCAACUACGACAGCAAGGAUGUACUUAUCGCAACAUUUGAUCUCGCCUUCCGGCUGCUGCGCAGGGUCAUCGACCUGGGGCGCCAAAUAAAAACUGAGGAUGGAAUGGUCAUCACAGAAUUAACGGAGGAGCGAUUACUUGACCUAGAUCGCCGGUCUAGACUGCGUUCAGCAAAGAACGAGUCAACAGGGCCUAGGGAGGUACAAAUUGUUCCAAGCAAACGCAUCAGACGCCAGCGCCAAGAUCUCUACACGGAGAAUUGCAGCAGCGACACUGAUGACAGUGAUGUUGAACUUCGUCACUCCGCCGUUCGAAAAAAGAGUCGGUCGUCUGCAAGUAAAUUAACGCAUUACUCAAAGGCGCUGCCCAGCCAAGGCCGAACGUCAGAGAUGGCUGGGCAAGGCAUGACUAUACCUCCGAAUUUGGGGUGCUACGCGGGAAAACUAGAUUCCUUCGAGCGGUUGUUCCAUUCGUACAGCCAAUUCAACACCCUCGAACUUAUCAGCUACCUCAUCGACGAAAAUCGAAUGCGGAACAUGCAACGCGCAGCAGGCGACCGACGGCCAGCGCUUCACCUAAGCAACGCCGUGCACGACGCAUCCGCCAUUGAAGACGAAUCAACCACGGAAAAUGCACUUAUGGACGGGUCGUCCGGGAGUGAAUACGUGUACGAUCAAGACGAAAUCGGGGUGAAUGAAGAUGUCGAUUUCUACCAAGACGGAAACAACGAUUGGUAUGAAGUGCAAGGCUCCUCUGCUAUCCAUCCUAUGAAACCCGACAUGAACAACCCAGGAUCAGGGAUGCCAUGCAAUCGUGAUACGCUCACCGAGUACGACUCUGAGCAGAGUCACCGCGUGUACAAACCAAAAGUGGAGGAAACAACGCAGUUGACACUUGUGGGCCCGUUCAGUGAGCAGCCAAACACUGAUCCAGUAGCACAAAUGCAGUUCGCAAUGCGCAAUCAAAGUAAGGAUCCACGGACGGCAUAUGAGUACGAUCCGUACCAUGGUUACUUAUAG